AUGUGGAAUGGUGCAGCUGAGAGUUAUAGUAAUGAUUCAGAGGAUUCAUUACUAUAUUCAGAUGAUGAUUUAUUAAACUUCACCUUUAAAAUUUGUGAUAAGGAAGGAGAAGGAAAAGUACUUGUACUCCAUAUUAUUGAGUAUUUGGAAGCUGUAACAGGACAGAAAUGUGAAGAAGGAAAGCUGAAGAUACUUUAUGAUAUGCUGGAUCCAGAAAGGAAAGGUGUCACUGUGGAUUUAUCAGCUUUUCAUAUUAUCAUGAAAAAAUGGAUUGCUGAAUGCAGGGAUGAAAAGUUAGUAUUGUUAAUAAUGUAUUUUUGUGUCUAGCAUUAGCAAACAUACACAAAAUAAAAUGGGGUUCUGUCCUUAUGUUGCCUACAUAAUUAUGUAAUCAGGUGCCAUAUAUUUUUUUAGCUAUGACCAUAGUCAUGAAAAUAAUUGUCUGUUACACCAAUACUGGAGAUACCUUAGCUGGGAAAGCAGACUGGUCCUUGGACAGUUUUCAACCACAGUCCAGGCAACAUGGCAAAAAUUUAGAUCUUGUAUGAUCCAGUCAGUUCACUUCAACCCCAGGACUAGUAGUCACAGCCAGAAUUGUUUGGUACUUUUGAGAAUCCUCCAGGCUGAAAAUUCCUCCAAACACUCCCACAGUGUUCCACACCUCUCCUUCUCUCUAAAUCAUUGUUUUACUGCAUAUCAACAAGUAUCAAAGAGUGUUCCCAGGCUCAUAUUUUUAAGAUUGGAAG